AACAACUAACCCUUUUCCCUUUCUCUCUCUUUAAGGUCUGAAAACAAAUCAAUUUCUUCGAUGCUUUAAGGAUGGACGCCGACGAGAGAUUAACAGCUUUGAAGAAGGCGUAUGCGGAUAUUAUACUCAAUACGGCGAAAGAAGCAGCGGCGAGGAUUAUGGUGUCUGAACGGAAAGCUCUUCGGUUUGAAUACGAGCUUAAAAACGCUAAAGAAGAUGCACUUCAGAUGCUUUUGAGACUAAAAAAGAUGAUGGAUUCCAAGAUUAACGAAGCAGCAGUGGCGUCGUGUACCCAACAAAAGAAAAUUGAAGAACUCGAAGCACAACUUCAGGAGGCGGAAGACAUAGUGAAAGACCUCAGGGAGGAGUUGAGAGCAGUCGAGAUGGAACUUGAGAGGUUCUCACAAAGCAAAGAAGUAAAGCAUCCAGUACAAGUAGAUGAUGCAUCAAUGGGAAAUGUACCGAGAACCUCUGAAUCCAUUCCAUUCCCUCCUUCAGAAGUACAACCCAAUUCAAAUAUAGAUCAGACAAACAAAAGCCAGAGACUUUAUAAUUCUUUAUUUCCUUUAAAGAAAUCUUUAAUCGGUAACGGGGAUUUACCUUCUAUAAUAUUGAGAAGCAAAGAAACUGAGCUAUAUAGAAAUGGGUGUACUCAGAGAAUCCGUGCGUGUGAACGGACCCAGCCGGAUAAGGAAUUAUCAUUUUCUCUGCAAAUGGAUGACAUAAAGCCCGAGUCAAUUGUCAAAGAGGAUGAAGCACUAGAUAAAUUACGUAAAUCACCCUCACUUGGGGUUGAUAGCCUGUGCAGUAUGGAGGAGAAAGAAGUAAUUUUGGAGCAAGUAAAGGAGAUGGAUGUAGCAGCUGAGGAUUCAUGUUUGACUUCUCCAAGUUCAGUCAAACAUCCAAAUGAUACAGCCAUACAGGAAAUCUCCGAUGAAGAUCUAGUAAGAACGUGUGAUAGUCAGAGCACAAUUAGGGUGGAACUUAUUCCCACGAGACUAGAAAAAGAUGAAUCAUUACAGAGCGUAGAAGCACAGGUUGAUCCUCCGUUAAAGAUUUCAGAGACAAAGGCUUCUGAGACCAGCGAGGUUCCGAGUCAACCAAUGACUGAUAGAGUUAUCAAGUACACGUUCCAGAGGAAGAGGAAAAGAGGGGCUUUGAUCAAUGGAUGUGCAUCUAGCGAACGGAAUGAAGAGAACCAAAAGGCUCAAAAUCUGGGUCUUGGAAAGGCCAACUUGAUAGGAGAAUCGACUCCAGAAAAGAUACGCCUAGAACAAGUUGCUCGCCAGUCUUGCAGAUGCCCUUCAGUAUUUGAUUUUCACGAGAUCCGAUCUCUUAUGUCGUGCAACAUUUUCUCUUAUGCAUGCAUGACCCUUGAGAGCACCACCUGCAUGCCUUGAAGUGUAUCUUGUGGUACCUUUUAAGGCACUCUUGAUCUUGGUAUGCAUCUAUACUCAUCUUUAUCACAGGGUUAGUAUCUUACACUGAUGCAGAUUGGUGUGGGUGCCCCAACACCGGACCCUCCACCUUUGGUUAUUGUGUUUUUCUCGGGGACAAUAUCAUCUCUUGGUCCUUGAAACGGCAACCCACCCUCGCCUGUUCCAGUGCAGAGGUUGAAUGCUAGGGGGUUGAGAAUGUGGUUGCGAAAGCUUGUUGGAUCCACAACAUGCUUUUGGAGUUGCAUUGUCUCGUGAACAGAAGUUGAAAUUUCAUGUUAGAACAUUGCUCCCCAAUGAGGCAAAGCCUCUAGAAAACCAUAUAAGCAUAUUUACUGGAUACCAAUUUGCUGUUGCCCAUGGACAUGGCCCUAUUGGAUGAACAGAAGUUCUCAUAGUUUUGUGCUUUCUGUCUUGAUUCAUAUCUGAAGGUGACAUCUUUGAGCUUUGC